ACUCAAAAAGGUUUUGCAGGAAGCAUCAAGUCCUGUCCCUCAAGAAACCAACAGUAGCACUGACAACAAACCCUACAAGUGCAGCAUUUGUAAUGUUGCGUAUAGCCAAAGUUCUACAUUGGAAAUCCAUAUGAGAUCUGUGCUUCAUCAGACAAAGGCAAGGGCUGCAAAACUAGAACCAAGUGGUAAUAUAAAUAGUGGAAAUAGUGUAGCAGGGAAUGUUAAUAGCCCCAGCCAAGGAAUGCUAGAAUCUAUGAGCUUACCAGCAGUUAACAGCAAAGAAACACAUUUAGAUGCCAAAGAAUUAAAUAAAAAGCAAGCUUCUGAAUUAAUUUCUGCUCAGCCUACACAUCACCCACCCCAGUCACCAGCACAACUUCAAAUGCAACUACAGCAUGAACUGCAACAACAAGCUGCGUUCUUUCAACCGCAGUUUCUAAAUCCAGCUUUUUUGCCUCACUUUCCAAUGACACCAGAAGCACUGCUCCAAUUUCAACAGCCUCAGUUCCUUUUYCCAUUCUAUAUACCUGGGACAGAAUUUAGCUUAAGCCCAGAUCUGGGUUUGCCUGGUUCUGCCACCUUUGGUAUGCCUGGAAUGGCUGGUAUGACAGGAUCACUGCUCGAAGAUUUGAAGCAGCAGAUACAAACUCAGCACCACGUUGGCCAAACCCAGCUACAGAUACUGCAGCAACAGGCACAGCAGUAUCAGUCCACCCAACCCCAGCUUCAGUCCCAAAAGCAGCAGCAGCAAAGUAGUAAGCUGAUGAAAGCAGAGCAAAAUACCUUAGUAAGUACAGACUGCCAGCUGAUAAAGGAUAUGCCAUCCUAUAAGGAGUCAGAAGAAGGUUCUGAAAAACAYGAGAAGCCAAAGCAAGAAUUUUCUGAGACUGAAGGACUAAAAGAAAACAAAGAUAUGAAGAAACCAAAGUCCUCAGAACCAGCCAUCCCACCACCCAGAAUAGCUUCUGGAGCAAGGGGGAAUGCAGCCAAGGCUUUGUUGGAGAACUUUGGGUUUGAGUUAGUUAUCCAAUACAAUGAGAACAGACAAAAAGUGCAGAAAAAAGGCAAAACUGGGGAUGGUGAAAACACAGACAAACUGGAGUGUGGAACCUGCAGUAAGCUUUUUUCCAACAUUCUUAUUCUGAAGAGUCAUCAAGAACAUGUGCAUGGACAUUUUUUUCCAUAUGGAGCGUUAGAAAAAUUUGCCCGACAGUACAGGGAGGCUUAUGACAAACUUUAUCCAAUUUCUCCAUCUUCUCCAGAAACACCACCGCCUCCGCCACCACCUCCUCCACCACCUCCUCCUCCUCCUCCUCCAACUCCUUCUCAGCCUUCUUCAGCUGGAGCUGGAAAAAUUCAAAAURCAACUCCCACACCUUUGCAAGCUCCACCACCUACACCUCCACCACCGCCUCCUCCACCACCACCUCCUCCUCCUCCACCACCACCAUCAGCGCCUCCUCAAGUCCAGCUUCCCGUUUCACUUGAUCUCCCACUUUUCCCUCCAAUUAUGAUGCAGCCAGUGCAACACCCCGCACUGCCUCCUCAGCUCACCCUCCAGCUGCCGCCAAUGGAUACUUUAUCUGCCGAUCUUACCCAGCUUUGUCAGCAGCAGCUGGGAUUAGAUCCCAACUUCCUGCGGCACUCUCAGUUCAAGCGUCCACGUACAAGAAUCACAGACGACCAGUUAAAAAUCUUGCGGGCUUAUUUUGAUAUUAACAAUUCUCCAAGUGAAGAGCAGAUCCAAGAAAUGGCUGAGAAAUCUGGUCUUUCACAGAAGGUUAUCAAGCACUGGUUUCGAAAUACGCUCUUUAAAGAACGACAGAGAAAUAAAGAUUCUCCCUAUAACUUCAGCAACCCUCCUAUAACAGUGUUGGAAGAUAUCAGAAUAGAUUCUCAACCUUCAGCUGUAGAACCCUACAAGUCUGAUGCGUCUUUCAGCAAGAGGUCAUCCAGGACUCGGUUUACUGACUACCAGCUUCGUGUCCUCCAAGACUUCUUUGACACCAAUGCUUAUCCAAAGGAUGAUGAAAUUGAACAGCUUUCAACUGUACUUAACCUACCUACUCGAGUUAUUGUUGUGUGGUUCCAAAACGCACGACAGAAAGCUCGCAAAAGUUAUGAGAAUCAAGCUGAAACUAAGGACAAUGAGAAAAGGGAACUGACAAAUGAGCGUUACAUCCGAACCAGUAACAUGCAGUAUCAGUGCAAAAAGUGCAGUGUGGUUUUCCCUAGGAUYUUUGAUUUGAUUACACACCAAAAAAAGCAGUGUUAUAAAGAUGAGGAUGAUGAUGCUCAAGAUGAAAGCCAAACUGAAGACUCUAUGGAUGCCUCUGAUCAAACAGUGUAUAAAAACUGUUCGGUUUCUGGCCAAAAUGACUCGUCGAAAAGCCUGACAGUSACUGCAGCAAGCUCUGGCUCUGGUUCUAGUACUCCUUUGAUUCCAUCACCYAAACCAGAACCUGAGAAGGCUUCUCCUAAACCAGAAUCCACAGAAAAA